GAGGGGCGAGGGUGAAUAAUCCACGCCGUCUUCACGCCGCUCGUAGCUCAGUACUACCAUGGCCGAAGAGGCGUUCGCUCACGCGGAGGGCGGCGCGCGGGCAUGGGCCGUGAUGAUGGGCUCUUUCCUUUGCAACGGCAUCAUCUUCGGCCUCAUCAACACUUACAGCGUCCUGUACGUACAACUUCAGGACGAAUUGAUCCAAGAACACGUACCGGACGCUUCAUCGAAAGCAGCAUUAGUCGGUUCAUUGGCAAUCGGGACGACGUUCUUCUUUUCACCUGUAGCCGGGAUAAUGACAGACAGGAUCGGUGUGAGGUUGACAACAUUGAUCGGUGGAUUCCUGGCAUCCCUCGGCCUUUUUCUUUCCUCAUUCCUCACACACAAUGUCGGUGCUCUGUACCUAACAUAUGGGGUGAUGUUUGGCGUUGGUGCUUCUCUCGCUUACACCCCUUCUUUGGUCAUACUUGGCCACUAUUUCCGAAAGUACCUCGGCCUUGUGAAUGGUUUUGUGACCAUGGGCAGCUCAGUUUUUACAAUGGUCAUGCCUUACCUCAUCCACAUGCUGCUUUUAAAGGUUGCACUUGCAAACACAAUCAGAUGUCUGAGCUUCCUUAUGGCAGGGUUGAUGCUAUGCGCACUUCUUUUCAAGCCACUUCCACAGGCCAAAAUAGAAAAAAAGAAGCUUGAAUCACUUUUGAACACUGACAUUUGGAGGAAUAAAAGAUACGUCAUCUGGGCACUUUUGAUUCCGUUAGCCCUUUUUGGGUAUUUUGUGCCUUAUGUUCACAUGGUUAAAUUUGUAAACGAAGGAUUCGAAGGUGAAGACGGCAAGCUUUUGGUCUUAUGCAUUGGCUGCACAUCAGGCAUAGGAAGGCUAGUUUUUGGAAAAAUUGCCGAUAUUCCAAACAUAGACAGAAUAUUCCUUCAACAGGUAUCUUUUGUUGUAAUUGGUACGUUGACGAUGUUGAUGACAGUAACAGACAAUUUUUACGUUUUACUGCUGAUUGCACUUGGGAUGGGCCUUUUUGACGGAUGUUUCAUUUCUCUACUUGGUCCGAUCGCAUUUGACAUCUGCGGCCAGUCUGGUGCAGGGCAGGCGAUUGGGUUUCUCCUGGGGUUCUGCUCAAUCCCACUGACUGUCGGACCUCCGUUAGCGGGCCUGAUCUACGACCACACUCAGUCGUAUACACUGCCAUUCUUGCUCGCCGGUAUUCCGCCAAUUGUCGGAGGCCUCGCCCUCUCGCUGGUGAGGUGUUUCAAAUUAGAAGAUAGAGAGGGAAUGAAGAUCGAUGUUGAAUGUGAAGUCAUGAACCCGUCGGCAGAAGUGUGCAGAAGCCUGACGAAAAAUUGUUGAAGUGAACUACGGCGACUGAAUCGAACAAGAAAACAAAAUUUUCCUCUCUUUGAUACAAGUAUUGUUAAUUUUAUUUUACAAAUAUAAUUUUAAGGAUAUAAAACAAAAAAAUAAUCUAGUAUUUUUGAUAGUUCUUGCCUAUUUUUUAGAUACAAUUGAACAAAGUUAUGUAAUUGUUCAGAAAUCGUGAGAUGCGGUCUGGUAUCAACAUGGCAUCUCACGAUUUCUGAAUAAUCAUCGAAUAACUGUCACUAAUCACCACACGUUAUAUAAUUUGUUAGUGACUUUUUGUAUACUGAUUAUAUAUCACUAGAUAACAGGGCCCUAGUUUUAUAUUUAGUAAACAAAUACUAUAGAGAGCCCAGAAGGUUAAAUUAAGUUUAAAAAUUCGACUAAAAAGUGAGUAUAUUUGUAUUAAAUCAUGUGUGUAUUUUUUAGAGCUGUCAGUUCU